GCAUGUGCGAAAGCUGCUCGGCGAAUUCCACCAUUGGGCCGGCCUCGGUCGGGGGGUUAUAUUAGGGAGGGAAUACGGGAUCCUGGCCACAAUUGACCUCAUCCUUUGUUUUCUGUCUCGUAUCAUUUAUAUCGCCCCGACAGAUAGAUAGAUAAGGACCCCGUGCGUCAGGGGUCGUCGGUGAGGCUUGCAGCAGCUCCGCUAUUCUUCAUCUUCCCGGUCAACGGCCGCCUCCUGAUCCUUCAUCCUUUUGCAUCUUCCCCCCCCCCACCCCUGUCUUAGUAUCUCCCCUCAGCACCUUAUUCCACCAUGGGCGCUAUUGAAAUCCCCCCCAUCCAAUAUACCCCGGUCGACGAGGUCGCUGACCGUGUCGCACGAGUUCGCAAGACCUUCCACGAGCACAAGACUCGCGAUGUGGAGUACCGACUGGUUCAGCUCCGCAAGCUCUACUGGGCUAUCAAGGAUCGUGUCGAGGAGAUCCACGAGGCCUUGCGUCUGGAUCUGAACCGACCCGUCUUUGAGGCCGUCAUGGCCGAGAGCACCUGGAUGCUCAACGACAUUGUCUUUGUGUGCAAGAACCUGCACAAAUGGGUCCAGGAUGAGAAGGCCGAGGACAUCGAUCUGACGUUUAAGUUUACAAGUCCCAAGAUUCGCAAGGAUCCCCUGGGGUGUGUGCUGGUCAUUGGUGCUUUCAACUAUCCUUUCCAGUUGACGCUGGGCCCCGUCAUUGGCGCCAUCGCCGCCGGCAACACCGUCGUCAUCAAGCCCAGUGAAAAGGCCUCCCACAGCGCGGUGGUCAUCCAGCAAAUCGUCGAGGCCGCCCUCGACCCCUCCGCCUACACCGUCAUCCAGGGUGCUGUCCCCGAGUCUCAGGCUCUGCUGGCGGAACGCUGGGACAAGAUCUUCUUUACCGGUAGUGCCAAUGUCGGUCGCAUCGUCGCCAAGGCAGCCGCUCCCCAUCUCACCCCCGUUGUCCUGGAGCUGGGUGGCAUCAACCCCGCCAUCAUCUCCAAGAAUGCCGACGCCCGACUGGUCGCGCGCCGACUGUUCUGGCCCAAGCUGAUGAACGCGGGCCAGCUGUGCACCUCGCAGAACUACCUGCUGGUCGAGCGGCCUCUGGUCGACGCCGUCGUUGAGGAAUUCAACAAGACCUACAAGGAGUUCUACCCCCAGGGCGCCAAGGGUUCCUCGGAUUUCUCUCACAUCAUCGACGAUGCGUCCUUCCAGCGCAUCAAGGGCAUGAUUGACAACACCAAGGGCAAGAUCGUCAUGGGCGGCAGCAUGGAUGAAAAGGAGCGCUUCAUCGAACCGACCGUCGUCGUCGUGGACUCUCCGGAUGACUCCAUGAUCACCCAGGAGAGCUUUGGUCCUCUCAUCCCCAUCCUGCCUGUCGACAGCGUCGAACAGGCGGUGCAGAUCGCCAACGGCAUCCAGUCCACCCCUCUGGGUCUCUACCCGUUCGGCUCCAAGACCGAAGUCGAGAAAAUCCUGUCGACGACCCGCUCGGGAGGUGUCGCCGUCAACGAUGCUGCCCUGCACAUUCCCACCCUCCAAUUCGGUGGUGUUGGCGAGAGUGGUCAGGGUGCCUACCGCGGCAAAGCCAGUUUCGACGUCUUCGUGCACCGUCGGACCAUCACGACCAGCCCCAGCUGGAUCGAGACCUUCCUCGCCAUCCGCUACCCGCCUUAUGACGGCAAGGAUGACCUGUUCAAGAAGGUCAGCACGCUGGUGCCCGACUUUGACCGGGACUGCAAGAAAGUCCGCCUUAGCUGGCUUCGGUACAUCCUGACUCUGGGCGGCGGAAGCGCCAAGUCCGGUGCGGCACGUGCGACCGUCGUUGCUGCUGGUGAGUGAUAUUUACCUUCUCAUUUCCAAUCUCUGUCCUCCCUCCCCAUCCAACGCCCACUGCCCCUUGCACGUGCUUGAUAUGCUAGACUUCUUACCGUCCGCAUCGCCAUCAGACCGAGAGUGAUCUAGCACACCCGUCGCUUCAUUAGAUGAAUUCCUGCGAUACCACCCAUAUUCUCUAAUACUAAUACGAUGCCU